ACAAAUACCAGUCUAUUUACCUGCGAGUUUCUCACCUGAGUCAGCGGAAGCUUUUGAACGGUAAACUAAAAUGGCGUCCAGAAUUUCAGGUGUCAGCUCAGAAUGGGCGCAAUCGAGCACGGCGCUCGAUCAAACCAUUUACAAGCCAUCUAUGGACGACAGACUGGCAGAUAUUAAAACCUUUUGCUUGGAUGUCCAUAAUGGUACCGUGUUUGGUAGAACACCUGUGCAGUGGAUGUUCGUAAUUAUUUACUACAUCAUUUUCUACAUUGGCUUGUUUGGGAUGUUUGCUGUAUUUUUGGUCGUGUUCAAUUGGAUUGUCGACUUGAACUACCCGACAAUGCAGGGAGUGGACAGCAUUUUGAAAGUGCCAGGCUUAUCCUUUCGUCCCAUGCCUGGCACCCGAUCGACAGUUGUGAGAUUUGUGAAAGGAGAUGCCUCGACCUACACUCAGUAUCUCGACCAUAUGGAAGCAUACCUUCGAUAUUAUGAAAAUCAAAAUCAACAAGGAGAGAAUUACAUUGAUUGCACUGAGAUACGCACUCGGCGUACAACCGAACUGUCGAAAGUCUGUCGAUUCAACAUCGAGAUGUUGGGUGCAUCAUGUGUCAAGCAGCAGAAUUUUGGAUUUGAUGAUGGCCAGCCAUGUAUUUUGCUUAAAUUAAACAGGAUUUAUAACUGGAUCCCAGAAGAGUUUGUCAAUGCGUCGAUGGCCGAGGACGAUAUAAGCGAAGAGUGGGAGCAGUGGUCUAUUUCUGUGAAGUGUUUCGGCGAGAAUGAAGUUGACCGAGAAAACAUGGGUCCUCUGACCUAUCAUCCACCGAAAGGAUUUCCCUUCAAAUAUUACCCGUACCUGAACCAGCAGGGCUAUCGGUCGCCUCUUAUGUUUGUGCGCUUCGAGGAGCCGGUGCCCGGCAUCAUGUUGAUGAUAACGUGCAAGGCCUACGCCAAGAAUAUCUAUCACAACAGAGUGGAACUUGCCGGGAUGGUCCAUUUUGAGCUGUUGGUGGAUUAGUCGGAUGUUAAAUUUGAGAUAGACAGAGUAAGAAAUGAGAAUGUUUUGUAUACUUGGAACACUUCAGUAUACUUGGAACACUUCAGUAGCAGUAACAAGAACAUUUACAACAACAGAGUGGAACUAACUGGGAUGGUCCAUUUCGAACUGCUGGUGGAGUAGUGUAAUGUUAUGUUUAGAUAAAUACAUUAAGAAAUGAGAAUGUUUUGUGUACGGGGAACAAUUCAGUAGCAGUACCCAGAGUGGAAUGGCUGGAAUGGUCCAUUUUUGCAGGGCUUCUAGAUUAUGGUAGCCCCACUCCCAUGGCUAGUGAUAUUCAAUGUUGGGCUAGUAAAUAACUACUAUUGCCAUGCCCGACGGCUAGUGCACUUUUUUUGUCAAAUGUUGCAGUUAUUUCUAUUUUGUAAAUAUGAAUAUCCUAACCCCACCCCAAUCCCCAAUGUUAAUGUUGUAAGCUCUUUCUCCCUUUUGAGGUGACAUAUCUGAUUAUUACUAUUAUUUAGUAAAAUUGUAUUGAACUUAAAGUAAAGUAGGGCUAGUGAAUUUUUAAUCCUGGCUAGUAAAUUUUUGAAAUCACUGAUCCCAUGGCUAGUGGAUUUAAAAUAAUUCUAGAAGAAUUCUCGGUCAAUUUCAUUUCGAAUACCAGUGUCUGUACAUCGAAUGUGUUUGCGGUAGUAUGCUAAUGUUUGUAGCACUCAGUUUUUACUUUAAUUUGUGAUAUAUUUUUUUUCAUACGUACAAAAUUAUUGAGAGGUAAAA